AUUAUUGCAGCUUCCCGCCAACUACGCCGUAAAGUGCCAUACGCUGGCCAUUUGAUGACCCCGCGUCGCCUCUGGCUCAACAAAAUACCCACACAAUGCGAUGUGGUCAUUGAGUUUCCCGAGGAUGCACCAGAUGAGGCGCUGCGAUGGCUGUUAGCCCGGAUUCGCUCGCAGCCGCCAGCUGGUCUCGGUCUCUUGGUACAAGUUAAGGCCCACGACAGCUCCAGACGCAACGCGUUCUAUGUGAGCGCGCCAGUUAAUGUUCUCUUCAAAGCCGCCGAGGAGGCACGUUUACCGAAACGUUUGCGGCCCGAUUUGGGCGGCGCGUUGCGUGAGUUUACGACGCGCGAGAGCCAUUGCUUUCAGCAGCUGCGCGGCGAUGUGGGCAGCACGGCGUUGUUUACCUCACAGGAGCGACAGUGGCUGGUGCUGCAGGUGUUGCAGGGCCUGCGUGCCGGCUGCAGCGACAUCGAUGCGCUGCAGGGACGCGCCGCUGUGGCCGAGGGCCAGAGCAUUGUGGCCGCCUGGCAGGAAUCGGGUCUGAUCACACAGGUUUUUCCCCUGCACGAGCCACGCUCGCUGGCACAGCUGCAAACGCAAUGGGUUAAGCAGAUAUUUGCCCCACAGCCAUUGGAUGACAUCGCCGCCUAUUUUGGCGUUAAGGUCGCCCUGUACUUCGCCUGGCUGGGGCAUUAUACGUGCGCGCUGGGCGUGCCCGCUGUGUUUGGCACCAUACUUUAUUGCAUACUGUGGGGCAAGGGCCAGACGGCGCAGGACAUGGGCCAUGUGCUGUUCUCGCUGUUCAAUGUGGCCUGGGCCUCACUGUACUUGGAAGCCUGGAAACGUUACUCCGUCGAACUGGCUUUCCGCUGGGGCACGCUCUCAACGCCGCCCGAGCUGCUAGAGCCGCCGCGGCCGCUCUAUAAAGGCCCGCUGGAGGAGAACAAUGUGACGGGUCGAUUGGAGCCAAGGGAGGCGCCCGCCUGGCAGCGUCGCGCCUUUCGCUAUUUGGUCAGCUUUCCUGUGAUUGGACUGUGCCUCUGUGUGGUCUUUGCUGUUAUGUUUCUCAUGUUGCGCUUCCAGGAUUGGUGGGACUCGAAGCUGCCCGAGGACAGCGUCUUGUGCUGCCUGAGUGUGAUACCCAAAGUGCUGCUAGCUGGCGCGAUUACCUUGAUGGAUGAGGCCUAUUUUAAGCUGGCCGUUUGGCUGAACGAUAAGGAAAACUAUCGCCUGCAAUCAAAGUACGAGAAUCAUUUGAUAGCGAAAGUUGCGCUAUUUCAAUUCGUCAACUCGUUCCUUUCGCUCUUCUACAUUGCCUUCUAUCUGCGGGAUGAGGACAAGCUGAAGGAGCAAUUGGCUGGCUUGCUCAUCUCACGUCAAAUUAUUGGCAAUCUACGCGAAUCGGCCGUACCCUAUGUCCUCGAGCAAUGGAAGCUGGCCAAGUUGAGCUUCAAUAUGUGGGGCGCUCUGAGCCCCACACAGCAUGUUAAUCGCAGUCUGGCCGAGGAGCUGGCCACUGCCGAGGAGAAGCUCAAGGCUGAGGCGGCUGCCACAACGAAAACUACAGCACAGCAGGAGCAGCAGCAGCAGCAAUCGGCCAACAAACGUAACAUUGGACAAGCCGAGAUUGAGAGCUCUCUAUAUAAAGUAAGGAAUUCNNNNUCGGAUCAUUUGGAGAUGCUGGUGCAAAUGGGCUACGUGGUGCUCUUCUCGGCCGCCUUCCCGCUGGCCGGGGUCUGUGCGUUAAUAAACAACCUGAUGGAGAUCCGUUCGGAUGCGUUUAAGCUGGCCCACGUGCAUCAGCGGCCGUUCGGGCAGCGCGUGGCCAACAUUGGCACCUGGCAGAAUGCGUUGAGCAUUUUAUCGCUGGCCGCGGUCAUUGUCAACUGUGCGCUGAUUGGCCUCUCCGGGCAGGUGUCGCGCCUCUGGCCUGGCCUGACCACAGCGCAGACCAUAAUUUUAAUCGUUACGCUGGAGCACAUAAUGCUGGGCCUGCGGCAGGCGUUGACUUGGCUGCUGCCGGAAUUGCCCUCGUGGCUGGCGGCGGAAAUAGCGCGUGCCGAGCACUGUCGCCGCGAGAUGCAGUGCAAGGGCACCUCGCCCCGACCCACGCCGCCGACGCCGCCGUCAACCACAUCCACGCAGCCGGAGCAGGAGGAGGUCACUGGCGCCGAAACCACGCACGAUCAGUCCAUGGAGAGUCAGCUGGCUGAGGAUAUGCUGCUCUAUGGCCACGAGCUGGGCGCCGGCUAUGGCCGCAGCAUUGAGGCGGAUGUGAAUAUAUACGAGAAUCGUGACUCUUCGCCCGACUCACCGCCAUCGCAGACUAGCACCAUACUCAUAAGACCGCUGCAUGAAUCCACGCCGCCCCACGGUGGCGCCUCGCUGAGCAGUCUGCAUCACGAUGGCAAUGGCGCUUGUAAAAGUUGUAGGCAAAAAUCGCAAUUCUUUAUACCGGAAAUACCGCCAUUUCUUGGAUAUUCGGUGCGCAAUUUGAGUGCUCUGACCGCGCACGGUCAGAGAGUGCAACAACAACAACAACAACAGCUGCUUAGCGGCGCUUCAGCUAGCACGCUAGCUCUGAACUCAGCCGCCGCCAGCUACGCAGCGCCGAUGCAUAUACAAGAGAUACCGCCGUUCCGCAAGAAAUCGAGCGAUUCGGCUGAUCAGACGGGCAGCAGCACGGGCAGCAGUCCACAGCGCGCAUCGAUGCGCCAACUGCUGCAAUCAACCCACCAGCAGCAACAGCAACAGCAACAACAACAACAACAGCAGCAGCAAACAACUAGAAUCGCAGAGAUUCCGCCGUACAGCAAGCAGCGUAAAAUAUCCACAGAGAGCGCUGCCAAUGUACCGCUGAGCGACAAACUACAUAUAAAACUUCACGCACCCGAAUGGAUGUCACGCUUAAAAGUGAACGACAAUGUGAAUCUCCAUAGAAGCAUAGAUUGUAUUGCCAAGGAGCUCGGCAACACGGCGGACAACUCGGACAUACUGAAGCCGGCGCCAUCCUGGAGCAACGUGGCCUUGAAGACAGGCGCUCCGGGCAUUACGCUGGCCACGCCCCCAGCUGCUCAGCAAAUUGUCGCCUCCUCGUCAUCGUCGUCGGGCGGCGGUGGCAGCGUUUUCAGUCCGAGCAGUGUGGGCCCAGUCGUUGCCGCCGCCAGCAGCAGCAGCGGCAUCAGCAAUUCACAGUCACGACCCAGUGUGGGCGCUUUAUCCAAUUCCUCAUCGAGCUCAUCGCACAAGCAGCAGCAGCAGCAGGCGAAGCAGGCAAAGGAGGCCAAGGAGGCAAAGGAGGAGCGAGAGAAGGAGCAGGAGCAGGCUGCAGCAGCAGCAGCAGCAGCAGCCACUGCAUCCACAUCCGCUGGCAAUACAGAUGAUGAGACAAAGGCUGCUGAGUUGGCGGCCAAGAAAUCGCGGCUUAAACAAAAGUUGGUCAAGAGCGCGCGAUCUGUGGCCAUAUUCUCGCUCAAGCUCAAGGAGCGGCGACAGCGCGAGGCGGAAAAGGCAGCCACAAUUGCUGUGGAGCAUGCCAAGGCUCUGGCUAAGCUGCCAAUGCCGCAGCCCGUGGGCGGCGAGUUGUCUCUAAUACCCAUCGAACAUCUUAUCCAAAUCGAUGAUAUCAAGCCAGCGAUCAAGCCAGCUGCAACAACAACGACAACAACAUCAGCAAACGUUUCAUCGAGUACACAGCCGAGCUCCUCUAUGCAUUAUCAGCAGCAACAGCAACAUCAGCAGCAGCAACACGCGCAGCAGAAACGCUACUUUGCGCCGUAUGUGAUCAAUGGACAGAGUCCGACGCGCUCCAAGUCCUCCAGCGCCUGUACACGCGCCGACUGUCUGGAAUGCCUGGAUUAUUAUAAGCAAUUCGGCGCUGGCUAUAAGCCCACGCCUCUCAUAUCGCCGGCGGCUUCGUCGGUGAGCAGCUCUAGCAGCUGCCGGCUGCCGUCGCGUGAACUCCUGCUCAGCGCGAGCGCCAGCAGCAACAUUUCCCUGACCAACAUCUCUGUGACCAAUCUGAAUCUGAGCAGCACGGCGGCAGCGACUGCGAUUUCACCUGUGGCCAUGUUGCCCAAGUUGAGCAGCAACAACAGCAGCUCCAACGCCAACAACAACAACAUCAACAACGGCAACAGCAACACAAGCGGCGGCGAGGAGAUCAGCUACAAGUGUCGCAUAUGCGACAAGGUCUUUGGAUGCUCCGAAACGUUGCAGGCGCACGAGAAGACACACAAAUCACCGCGCUACGAAUGCUCCGACUGUGGGAAAGGCUUCUCCCAGCUGCGUAACUAUAAAUAUCACUUAUCCGUGCAUCGUGGCACCAAAGAGUUUGCUGCCGAGUGCCCGGAAUGUGGGAAGACGUUCAACGACAAGGGCUACCUCAGCAGCCACAUGAAAAUCCAUCGAAAUCGCAAGGAAUACGAAUGCCCCUAUUGCCCCAAAUCGUUCAAUCAACGUGUCGCCUUUAAUAUGCACGUCCGCAUCCAUACGGGCGUCAAGCCGCACAAGUGCGCCGAGUGCGGCAAACGAUUCUCCCGCAAAAUGCUGCUCAAGCAGCACAUGCGCACCCAUAGCGGCGAGAAGCCAUAUCAGUGCUCCGUCUGCGGCAAAUCCUUUGCUGAUCGCAGCAACAUGACACUGCAUCAUCGCCUGCACUCGGGCAUCAAGCCCUUCAGCUGUCCGCUCUGCCCGAAGGCCUUCACCAAGAAACAUCAUCUGAAGACGCAUCUCAACUACCAUACAGGCUGCAAGCCCUACGUCUGUCCACACCCCAAUUGCAACCAGGCCUUCACACAGUCCAGCAAUAUGCGCACGCAUGCCAAGAAAUGCCAAUACAGGCCGCUAGAUGGCGCGCAAGCAUUUCCGUUGCCCCCCAAGCAGCAGCAGCAGCAUCAACAGCAUCAGCAGCCACAGCAGCAGCAACUCCAGCAGCAUCUACAGCAGCAGCAGCACACAUUGUCGCUGGCCACAGCUCCCAGUUUUGUGAUGCCACCAGCAACGUUCGCUGCCGCCGCAUCCGCAUUUCCGCCGGCACAGCAAACGCUGCUCAGCAAUCUGCGCACAUUCUAGCCAAGAAGCGGAAAUGAAAAAUCCGAGCAGCGUGUGACUGAAUGAGCUGAGUAUGAACAAAGCCUUUAAGGAUUACAUUAAUAAUAUA